AUGGGGGGUGAGAAUGGGAGCUUAACAGCAAAAAUCUGCGAUUCAUGCAAAACCACCUCCGCCGCCGUAUUCUGUUUUGCCGACUCCGCCUUCCUCUGCAUCGGCUGCGACGCCAAAGUCCACGCCGCCAACAAACUGGCGUCGCGUCACGGCCGUGUGUUGGUGUGCGAAGUUUGCGAGCAAGCACCAGCUGCAGUCACCUGCAAGGCGGAUGCAGCGGCGCUUUGCGCCACCUGUGACCGAGACAUACACUCUGCUAAUCCACUUUCUCGCCGCCACGAGCGCCUCCCUGUUGUCCCCUUCUACGACUGCACCGCCUCUAAGUCUUCAUCAUCUCCCAACAACACCACAACAACCACUAAUGACAAGUACUUCUCCGAUGAGGAGGCGGAGGCGGCGUCGUGGCUCCUCCCCACGGAAGAUUCGGAGUCGCCGGAGUAUAAAUCGGCGGAAUAUGUGUUCAAUGAUAUGGAUCCGUACCUGGAUCUUGACUUAAUUUCAGGCGAUCAAAAGCCACAGCUCCAUAUCAACAAUCAUCAGAAACAGUACAGUUCCGAUGGGGUUGUGCCGGAGCAAAACAAGAAUGAAUUUACGCAGCCUCACUUUUUGGGUCCAGUUGUUGAUGGAUUUCCAACUUAUUCCAUGGAUUAUCCAGGAUCUAAGCCAUUUAUGUACAAAUUCAGCUCUCAAUCCAUUAGCCAAAGCGUCUCAUCCUCAUCUUUGGAGGUUGGAGUGGUGCCCGACCACAACCCCAACAACUUCGUUAAAACCGAGGUCAUCCCGACUCCAGCCUCCGGGAUUGACAGAGAAGCGAGGGUUUUGAGGUAUAGAGAAAAAAGAAAGAAUAGAAAGUUCGAGAAAACCAUUCGAUAUGCUUCAAGAAAGGCUUAUGCAGAAACCAGGCCGAGAAUCAAAGGAAGGUUUGCAAAACGUUCGGAGAUGGAGGUUGAGUCCCUCAUUGCUGCUGAUGCCUCAUAUGGCAUUGUCCCAACUUUUUGA